ACAUUCCAAAUGAGAGAGACGAUCUAAGAUCCUCAGAUUUAUUGUCUCUUCACAGUCUUGUCUUCAUAUAGGUUCCUCUGGUUAUAUUCUCCGUUUCUCUCUUCUUGCCCUGUUUGUCGCUCGUGAAAGAAAAUGACAACGUACGGAACUAUACCGUCCCAAGCAAAUGACUCCUCGAACCAGAGCAUGUUUGGACGAGCAAAAGGGUUGAUCUCUUUAGGCCUUAGCUCUCGAAGGCCAUGGCUUGAGCUUGUACAGUGGAGCUCCCUUAGCCUUCCUACCUCAUUCAGUGUUGCCACGGAACAAAUCAAAACCAACAUCAUGAUCUUCCGAACCAACUACCUUGUCAUCUUCGUUGUUGCUAUCUUCAUCAGCAUGCUUUGGCAGCCUGUCCACCUUGCCGUCUUCGUUGUCUUGAUCAUCGCAUGGCUAUAUGUCUACUCUCGGGAUAACGAACCGCUGGUGAUAUUUGGCAGCGUGAUCGAUGACUCUGCUUUGGUGCUAACUUUGUUGGUCCUCACGCUCUGUAUUAUUCUAUUAACCAACGUGACCGGUGGUAUUCUGCUCGGGGUUUUGGCUGGUUUGCCCGUUGUUCUAGUGCAUGGCAUGUGUAGGAAUACAGAGUCAUUGUUCGUCUUGGAAGAUGAUGAAGAGAAAGUAAUCACAAUGAGCGUAGCAUCCUCCUCGCUUUCUUCUUCCUCUUUAACAAAAUGAAACAUAUAAUGUCUUUCGGUUUUUGCUUUCCAUAGCGAUUGUGAAACUAGCGAUAUAGAUAAUAGAUCCAGUGAGAAACAUCGACAUUAUGCAAAAAUAACAUUUUCUUUGGGUGUUUAUGUAAUGAUACCAG